CUCAAUGAACUUUCACCUUUGACCUGAAAACAACGAUGGCUUCGGGAUCGGCUGGGUCCAAAUUUUCUGGACUAGGAGCGGAAAAAUAUGGGGCAGACCAGGAACAAGAUGCAAACUCUGCACUUCUGGAGCUAGAUAAAGGUCUGAGGUCCACCCGUGUUGGAGAGCAGUGUGAGGCCAUUGUCCGCUUUCCAAGGCUUUUUGAGAAGUACCCCUUCCCGAUCCUCAUCAACUCAUCCUUCCUGAAGCUCGCAGAUGUCUUCAGAAUAGGAAACAACUUUUUGCGUCUGUGUGUCCUACGGGUGACCCAGCAGAGUGAAAAACAUCUGGACAAGAUUCUGAAUGUGGAUGAAUUCUUGAGGCGUAUCUUCUCUGUCAUUCACAGCAAUGACCCCAUCGCCAGGGCACUGACUUUGAGGGUUUUGGGCAGCAUUGCCUGCAUCAUCAGUGAAAGGAAGAACACUCAUCACAGCAUCCGCACCAGUCUGGACUCCCAUGAUGAAGUGGAGCUGGAGGCAGCAAUAUUUGCUGCAUCUUGUUUUGCAGCUCAGUCCAGAACAUUUGCUGUUGGAAUUUGCAACAAGAUAGCAGAGAUGAUUCAAGGUCUUGCUACUCCAGUUGAGAUGAAGCUGAAACUGAUCCCCAUCUUCCAGCACAUGCAUCAUGAUGCCCAGACGGCAGCCAAGGUGCGGCAGCUGUGUGUGGACAUGCUGCCCUCCUACCCCGCCCGUGGGUUUGUCAUAGUCACCCUCCACACACUCUCACUGCUGUCUGCUAAGACACUGAUUGACAUCCCACAGCAGGUUGAGCUGUUAUUACAUUAUCUACAACAAGAUCCACGUCGGGCCAUAAAGCUGAAGGUGCUGAGUGACCUUCACCUGCUGACCAAGAAGGCCCCUCACAUGUGGGCCCAGCACAACCUACAGGUGCUGUGCAGUUUCAUCUCCAUCACCCCCUAUGACAACCUAAAGCUACGAGCCCUGACAGUCCUGAGUGUGCUGGCAGAGUCUUCACCCCUCAUCACCAAAGAAUCAUCUUUGAUGGAGGUUUGUUUGGAAAACUGUUACCAUAGCAACAUCGCCAUCUCCACAGAGGCAUCCACAGUGCUGACCAACCUUGCAUGCCAGCUCAGCAAAGGUGCCAGUGGAAAGGUCGAUGAGGCAUUGCUGAACCAAUGUGUGGCAGCUGUGGAGUCUCUACUCACUGUUUGUGUGACGGAAACAACAGAACAGCACAAGCUCAUGCUCAAGAAAUCUCUGGGCUGUGUGAGCUGCCUGUGCAAGAGUUUCCCAACAUUGGCCUCUUCACUAGCAGAUACCAUCUACAGCCUCCUGGAUGUGGCUCAAGGAGAGUUCCCCUUGCUGCUGUAUCAGGGUCUGGCCGCGGUGGGGAGUAACUGUCCUUCUGGCCUGGAACAACUCAGGUUUGACCUUCUGGACAGAUUUCAGGAAGUGUCUGCCAUGCCACAGGACAAGCAACAAGACUUCCAGGUCCUACUGACCUCCCUUGUAUUGAUGGCAUGUCCUGUUCCUCUACCUGGUCACAUGACCAAGACUUUGAUAGACAGCUUGACCUCUGAUCCCAACCACUGGACUGCAUUCUGUGUGGCCAGGCAAGCUGCCAGAUGGGGUCACCACACAGUUGCUGUCAAGCUGCUUCAGCGCCUGCCAUCUCUUGUUGCAUCAGAGCACCUGCACUUCUGGCUGAUAUCACUAGGGGAGUUCUGUGCUGGGGAGGAGCAGCUUUCCCACAUCCAUCCUGACCAGCCUCAACACAAAGGCACAGUGACACUGGCUCAAGCCUGUGGGCACUACCAGAAGGGAACUACUGCUCUCAAGGCCUCAGUGACCCCCACCUUCCCGUUGGAGUUCCAGACCCAGUUCAGCCAGCUGCGAGCAGAGCUGCUGCAGGCACACGCCAACCUGCUGGCUGCCUGCUCCACCCUGCAGACCUGCCCGCCCCCAGCCAUCGCCACAGCCAUGGCCAAUGUGUCGGGGAAAGAGAUACAGAGAACUGGGAGGAUAGGAACUCAGUUGCAACAGUGUGUGGCCCAGUUCCGUAUGCUUUCAGCCAAAUAUGGUGAUCUCCUGCAGGCUUCUUUUGAUGCUGAUCUCACAACACUGAAGAGUCUGACACACUUACAACAGGGUUGCCUGCUCAUGGCCCAUGUUGUGGAUGUGUUGGUGUUGCACAACCACCAGUACAUUUCAGCAGAUGUGUACAAUAUCCAGUGGGAUGUUCCAGACUUCAGUAGGGGGGAGUCUGGUGGAGAGGCCCUGCCACCUGUGUUCCAGGAUGUGCUGAAAAUGGUGCAGAAUACCCUGGGGGAGGCCCAGGGCUCAGCUAUCACACAUGUGCAAGUAUCCAGUGUUUUCAAAGCCUCCUGUAUGCUGCUCAGGGAACCCCUGCACUUCCCCAGGUACUUUUUCCAGGCACUGCAGUCCACUCAAAUCAAGCUUGCCCUGUCCCCAAGUCAGCGCAGCAUGAAUGAUCCAGUCCUGGUUGCCACGGAUACACAGCUAGCACUGAAGGUAGAGGGAGUGAUACAGCACGGGGCCAAACCUGGGCUGUUCAGGGCUGUCAACAAAGUCUGCCUGGAUGUGUCAUCCAGUUCUGACACAAAGGUUCCACAGGAGCAGAAGGUCCGAGUGGACAACCUGAACAAUGAGCUUCAGGAGCUGGUGGAACCACACAACGAUUACUUCAGUGCGCAGUUCCUUCUCCACUUCCCUUUCCCAGGGAACCACACCGUGUGUGCUGAGGCUUCUGUCAUAGACACCUCAGGCCUGUCCUGGAAAACUGGCCCCAAAAUGACCCUGCUGGUGAGGUCUUUUGACCCCAAUGCACCCCAGCCCCCCAGACACCAGCAGCCUCCACCCCCACCCCCAGCUCGCAGCAGCACAUCACGUUUCUGAAUAGGAUAACAAGGGAGUUGUACUUUACAGAUAGGACGAGCACUGUUCUGCUAUAGCCAUCAAAGACUAGAGACGUAGAAUGACUACUUCAAACAAGUAAAUUUUGUCUGCAGCUCAUAUUUGUUUAGAUCUACAUUUAUGUUGUAUCCAUGUAUAUGCAAUAAAUCAUCUGUAACUCCAAACACAAGUGGACGAUUUCAUAAAAGCCCUACCAAGUG